UCUACCAAAAGGAGCUAAAGCAGAACGACGUUCGCAAAAUGAAUGGAUUUAUAGAACGAGCCAACAUUUAUCACGUUCCAUACAGAUUGUGGAAAUCUCUGUGCAAUUUCUUCACUGGGAAUUCCAUCACGUAUUACGGAGAGGACCACGAAGAUAGCAAUCCCAGGUUUGUGAUAUUGGAAGCAUAUAAAAGAAAAUUUUCAAGAGCUAUUGACCUAGAAGACAGUACUGACGAGUACGACCUGAUAAACCAGUGCGGUAUCUGCCCGCUGUUGGAACAGCGUAUAACUAAGUUAAAUGCCAAACUGGCUGCGGUGUCAGCCGAGAGUGAUGUCUUGUUAGAAGGAAUAAAUCUCUCAAACGAAUUGAUAGAAUGGAUGACAAAUAUAAUUGAGGGCCAGAAACAUGAUAUUGACACACUUCGGAAAGCUGAAGAGGAAGCAGGUGAAUCAAGAAAUAAAUACGCAGCAAUAAAACAUAUAUUAAAUAAAUAUAUGAUAGAAAAUGAUAGAUUGGGAGCCAGCUUACGCGAUAAAUCAGAAGAAUUGCUUGAGAGAUGCAAUGAAAUGGUUAUGCUAUCAGCAGAGAGGAACAUCUUGAAGAAAUGUCAUGAUGAUAUGGCUGAAGAAAAUGAUAGACUAAAACUGCAGUCGCUGGAAAUGAACAAAAGCGUAGAGUCGCUGUUAUCAGAGAUCGAGGACCUAAAGGAGGAAGUCGAAAGAUAUUCUGCCAGAGACGUUGAAGCUGAUACAUUAAGAACUGAGUGCCAUUCAAUAAGAGGAAAGAUGGAUGAGAUGGUAACUGAACGAAACAGAAUUCAAGCUGAAUUCUGUGAUGAUUUAAGUAUCGAAGAAACUUUUCUCGCAAAUCACAAAAAAUUAGCCAUCAUUUCAGCAGAAAGGGACGUCUUGAAGACAAGUCAUGAUGAUAUUGUUGAAGAAAAUGAUAGACUAAAACGGCAGGCGCUGGAAAUGAACAAAAAUCACAAAAAAUUAGCCAUCAUUUCAGCAGAAAGGGACGUCUUGAAGACAAGUCAUGAUGAUAUUGUUGAAGAAAAUGAUAGACUAAAACGGCAGGCGCUGGAAAUGAACAAAAAUCACAAAAAAUUAGCCAUCAUUUCAGCAGAAAGGGACGUCUUGAAGACAAGUCAUGAUGAUAUUGUUGAAGAAAAUGAUAGACUAAAACGGCAGGCGCUGGAAAUGAACAAAAAUCACAAAAAAUUAGCCAUCAUUUCAGCAGAAAGGGACGUCUUGAAGACAAGUCAUGAUGAUAUUGUUGAAGAAAAUGAUAGACUAAAACGGCAGGCGCUGGAAAUGAACAAAAAUCACAAAAAAUUAGCCAUCAUUUCAGCAGAAAGGGACGUCUUGAAGACAAGUCAUGAUGAUAUUGUUGAAGAAAAUGAUAGACUAAAACGGCAGGCGCUGGAAAUGAACAAAAAUCACAAAAAAUUAGCCAUCAUUUCAGCAGAAAGGGACGUCUUGAAGACAAGUCAUGAUGAUAUUGUUGAAGAAAAUGAUAGACUAAAACGGCAGGCGCUGGAAAUGAACAAAAAUCACAAAAAAUUAGCCAUCAUUUCAGCAGAAAGGGACGUCUUGAAGACAAGUCAUGAUGAUAUUGUUGAAGAAAAUGAUAGACUAAAACGGCAGGCGCUGGAAAUGAACAAAAAUCACAAAAAAUUAGCCAUCAUUUCAGCAGAAAGGGACGUCUUGAAGACAAGUCAUGAUGAUAUUGUUGAAGAAAAUGAUAGACUAAAACGGCAGGCGCUGGAAAUGAACAAAAGCAUAGAGUCGCUGUUAUCAGAGAUCGAGGACCCAAAGCAUGAAGUCGAAAGAUCUUCUGCCAGAGAAGUUGAAGCUGAUACAUUAAGAACUGAGUGCUAUUCAAUAAGAGGAAAGAUGGAAGAGAUGGUAACUGAACGAAACAGAAUUCAAGCUGAAUUCUGUGAUGAUUUAAGUAUCGAAGAAACUUUUCUCGCAAAUCACAAAAAAUUAGCCAUCAUUUCAGCAGAAAGGGACAUCUUGAAGAAAUGUCAUGAUGAUAUGGCUGAAGAAAAUGAUAGACUAAAACAGCAGUCGCUGGAAAUGAACAAAAGCUUAGAGUCGCUGUUAUCAGAGAUCGAGGACCUAAAGGAGGAAGUCGAAAGAUAUUCUGCCAGAGACGUUGAAGCUGAUACAUUAAGAACUGAGUGCCAUUCAAUAAGAGGAAAGAUGGAUGAGAUGGUAACUGAACGAAACAACGGCAAUGCUAAUACAUUAAGAAUUGAGUGCCAUUCAAUAAAAGGAAAGAUGGAUGAGAUGGUAACUGAACGAAACACAAUACAAUCUGAAUUCUGUGAUGAUUUAAGUAUAGAAGAAACUUUUCUCGCAAAUCGGAAGAAAAUAGCCAUCAUUUCAGCAGAAAGGGACGUCUUGAAGACAAGUCAUGAUGAUAUUGUUGAAGAAAAUGAUAGACUAAAACGGCAGUCGCUGGAAAUGAACAAAACCGUAGAGUCGCUGUUAUCAGAGAUUGAGGACCUGAAGGAGGAAUUCGAAAGAUCUUCUGCCAGAGAAGUUGAUGCUAAUACAUUAAGAAUUGAGUGCUAUUCAAUAAGAGGAGAAGUGGAUGAAAUGGUAACUGAACGUAACAAAAUACAAUCUGAAUUCUGUGAUGAUUUAAGUAUCGAUGAAACUUUUCUCGCAAAUCGGAAGAAAGUAGCCAUCAUUUCAGCAGAAAAGGACGUCUUGAAGACAAGUCAUGAUGAUAUUGUUGAAGAAAAUGAUAGACUAAAACGGCAUUCGCUGGAAAUGAACAAAACCGUAGAGUCGCUGUUAUCAGAGAUUGAGGUCCUUAUGCAGGAAUACGUAAGUGCUUCUGCUAGAGAAUUUGAUGCUGAUACAUUAAGAAAUGAGUGCAAUUCAAUAAGAGUAAACUUGGAUUUAAUGCUAAAUGAACGUAACAAAAUACAAGCUGAAUUCUGUGAUGAUUUAAGUGUCGAAGAAUCUUUGCUCGCAAUGCGCAAGGAGGUGGUUAUUUUGUCAGCUGAAAGGGACGUCUUGAAGUUAAGUCAUGAUGAUUUUGUUGAAGAAAAUGGUAGACUAAUGCGGCAGUCGCUGGAGAUGAACAAAACCAUAGAGUCGCUGUUAUCAGAAAUCGAGGACCUGAAGGAGGAAGUCGAAAGAAUCUCUGCCAGAGAUGUUGAAGCUGAUGUAUUAAGUAUUGAGUGCAAUUCAAUGAAAGUAAAAAUGGAUGAAAUGAUAUCUGAACGUAACAGAAUACAAGCUGAAUUCUGUGAGGAUUUAAGUAUUGAAGAAGCUUUGCUAGCGUUGCGCACGCAGGUAGCCAUCUUGUCAGCAGAAAGGGACGUCAUCAAGGCGCAGCGUGAACAAGUGACCUACGUGGACGUCAGUAUAGCUAGCCAGCCGACGCAUGAUCUGCGUGGUGCAGCAGAGGAAACGGAAAUGCUUGUAGAGCGACUGAAGAACCCUUUUAUCUCGCCGUCAUCCAAGUCUGAGGACACACAGAUACAACUUCAGACUCGAGUCGUCGAUUGUAGUCAAGCCUUUGUUAAGAAGGAAAGCAUUUUGAGACUUCACAAACUUCAGCUUUUCGAGUAUAAACAGAAGCAGUUGGACCAGAACGAUAUAAUUAAACAAAUUAAGUGCGAAAAUGAGGCGAUGCAGGAAUAUAUAACAAAGUUACAAGAAGAGAUUACUCAGUACCAACAGAGGGAGAGGGAUCAAGACGAAAUUAUCAAGGAUGCGGACAGUCAACAUAAGAGACAACUACGACGUAUCAGAAGCUUGGAACGAGUUAUUAGAGACAAUAAGAUGGCGGAGAAGGAGCAGAUUGAGGUUAUAACACGUCUGGAGGGAAAAAUUAAAAAUUUGUCUGAAUACAUCAGGAGACUAGAGAAUGAAGCUAUUGAAGCUAAGGAGAAGUUUCUGGAGCAGGAUAAGGCUAUGGAAGAUAUGCAGAGCCGAAAUAAAGAGCUAACAGACUGUAUAAAAACUUUGAAGUAUGAUGAUAAUAGUUACAAAGCUAAACAGCAGAUGGCGGAGGAAGUUGAGAUGUUUACAGAAAUGGAAAGUGAGUAUGGGAAGCUCAUGGAUUGUGUAAGAAAGUUGAAGAACGAUAUUCAUCAUUCCAACGUGAGGGAGCUGGAGAAAGAUGUUCUUCUUAGAGACAUGGAAAACCAGAUUAAAUAUCUUUGUAUCGCAGCUAUAGAAGGAGAACGUACUGACAUGGACUCCGAAUCGUCUCCUGAUCAAAACGUCACUCCAGAAAAUACAAAAAUACAGAUACACUUCAAUCCUGGCAGUACCAACAUUGGCGAUUUAAGUACCAACUACGGUAAAGAAGGGCCCCAACAGUAAUUCCGUUUCUUACGUAGAAUAUCACGUGAUUACUUAGAUUGUUCUACGGGCAACUCUCGGUUUACAAACGAGUUCCGUUCCAAGACGUUGUUCGUUAUGUGUAUCUUGCAUUC